AUCUGAAUCAACAACUUCCAGUCCCAUGAAAGAUGCACUGAAGAAAGAAACACUCAUUAAGGACAUCCAGGCUGCUCAAGCUGAUCUGAGGGUGUUACUUGAACGCACUGAGAAGGUGCAAGGGGAAGUUGAUAAACUGGUGGCUGGGAACGGAAUGUUACAAACAUACAUCGACAAUCUCACAAAGCAGCUGGCUCGCAAAUAAUAAUGUUGGCGAGACUAUGAAGUCAUGGGCUUUGGACAAAUGCACCCUACGCCUACGAGUCUCUCUCAUUGGAGCCUUGGUUCUCAAGUAGGAAACCCUGUCGGUAUCCUGCGAUUGAUUUUACUCGUUUGCAGUUGUUCACGGGUGCUUGCAUUUCUGUAUUUGAAUUGAAAAUAAGCGCCCAUUUGUGUUGCUCGCUUCCAUUAUUGUCCUGCAUCACUGACAUCGAAAUGUUGCUGGGGUCCUAUCUGGUGCUUG